GGGCCGCUGCGGCCAGCCCCGCUCUCAGCGCACGCCGCCGGGGCCGGGACGAUGCUGCUGGGCGCGGUGCUGGGCGCGGUGCUGGGCGCCGCUGCGCUGGGCUGGGCGGCCGGGACGAGGCUGCUCAGCGCAGUGGAUAUAUCCCUCAGAAGAGGGCAGAGAGUGUGUCGGGGGGGCACACAGCAGCCCUGCUACAAAAUCGUUUACUUCCACGACGCCUGGCGCAGAGUGAGCUAUGAAGAGGCAGACCAAGCCUGCAGGGCUGACCGUGGCCAGCUCCUCAGUGUUGAAACAGCAGCAGAGCAAAGACUGAUUGAAAAAUUCAUUCAGAGCCUCUUAGCUUCUGAUGGAGACUUUUGGAUAGGGCUCAGGAGGAAAAAAGAGGAGGUAGACAACAGUACAGAGUGCCAGAACCUCUACUCCUGGUCGGAUGGAAGCACAUCCAAGUUCCGGAACUGGUAUGUGGAUGAGCCAUCCUGUGGCAGUGAAAUCUGUGUUGUGAUGUACCACCAGCCAUCUGCCCCAGCAGGUGUUGGAGGGCCUUACAUGUUUCAGUGGAAUGAUGACAGAUGCAACAUGAAAAAUAACUUCAUUUGCAAAUACUCCUUAGAGAAGCCAACAAAUGCUCCAAUGGAAACUUCUCCCAGAGCUGUUGCCACAGAGCCCUUGAAGCCAGUAUUCCCAGAGGGAGGCCAUAAGAAAGAUGCUAAUGUAACAGUUGUGGAAACCAAAGAACCUGUUCAGAGCCUUGCCUACAUCCUUAUUCCUAGCAUUCCUGUGCUGAUUCUCCUGAUGGCCAUUACAGCCAUCUUCUGGUUCUGGAUUUUGGUGAAGAGGAGACAGGAGCGAAUAGAUGUGAGCCCAAAGGAGGAAGAUGCAUGGCUGUCUAACCUCAGGAGGAACAGUCCAAACCUGGACAUUUACAAAGUGAUCAAGAAGCAAUCAGAAGCAGAUCUGGCUGGAACCAGGCCUGACACCAAGAACUCUUCCUUCCGCACCCAGGUAGAGAAGGUGCUUGACAGCCCCUUCAGGGAUUACGACGAUGCAGCAAUGAACACAUCCACGAGUGGCUUUGUGACACUGGCCAGCACUGAGAGUGGCUUUGUUACCAAUGAUAUCUAUGAACCAUGUGGAAAUCAUGCAGGGAGGAGCAAAGAAUCAACCUGGGUGGAGAAUGAGAUUUAUGGAUAUUAAAGCAACUCACUCCAAAAUGCCUGGAAUCUGGGUGACAAAGUGACCAUCGACAUGAGCUACCCUGAGCUUGUUUUAACAGUGAGGGGGUGAGCUCCAUCCUGGUCUUGCCUUGUCCCUGAACUCUUCUCUGUUUCUUUAAAGAACAGGGUGGGAAGGUUUCAAGCUCUAAACAACAGAAUGUUUGCAUUUGGCUUUGCAUCAACCCCCCUUUUGCCCCAGGAAUGGCUUAAUACUCUCAAUUCCUUUUUGUGCUCCAAAGAUGUACCUUUAAAAUGAAAGGACAAUCAUAGAAUCAGUCAGGGUUGGAAGGAACCACAAAGAUCAUCUAGUUCCAACCCCUCUGCCAUGGCAGGGACACCCUACCCUAGAUCAAUCCAAGCUCCCUAUUUAUUUAACUGAUCAUAGAAUCAGUCAGGGUUAGAAGGGACCACAAGGAUCAUCUAGUUCUAAUCCCCUUACCAUGGGCAGGGACAUCCUAUCCUAGAUCAAUCCAAGCUCCCUAUUUAUUUAACUGAUCAUAGAAUCAGUCAGGGUUGGAAGGGACCACAAGGAUCAUCUAGUUCUAAUCCCCUUACCAUGGGCAGGGACAUCCUAUCCUAGAUCAAUCCAAGCUCCCUAUUUGUUUAACUGAUCAUAGAAUCAGUCAGGGAUGGAAGGGACCACAAGGAUCAUUUAGUUCCAACCCCCCUGCCAUGGGCAGGGACACCCUACCCUAGAUCAAUCCAAGCUCCCUAUUUAUUUAACUGAUCUGCUCAUCCUCAAAGGUGUUUAAAGACAGAAGUCCAUCACUGGUGACAUAUUUAACUGAUCUGCUCAUCCUCAAAGGUGUUUAAAGACAGAAGUCCAUCACUGGUGACAUAUUUAACUGAUCUGCUCAUCCUCAAAGGUGUUAAAAGGCAGAAGUCCACCACUGGUGACAUCUGGAUUCUCAUAGGUCUCUUUCAUAACCUACGGUAUGGUGGCAAGGAAAGGUUUCUGUUCAGCUUCUUUCCCUGAGUAUUUAUUGUGUGCACACUGUGAUGGACAGGAAUGUGGUGUGGAAAUGAAGUGCAAUGCUUCUGCUGUCUGAGCUUUGCCUGAAGAUGUCAUGCAAAGCUAAAAGAAAGGUGUAGGUCGAGGCAACCUUAACACUCUGAAAUGCUUACUGAAACCAGCACUCUUGGAAUGUAUUUCUAAACUCACAAAAAUUUGUGUCUGCUUUGUCUGGCUUUACACUUGGGGUUGUUAAGCUCCAGGUUUUGAAUCCAUCUGGGUUUUGGGUUGUGGAAUUUUUUGCCUCUUUGAUCACAGACCAGGAUAUGGAGGAAGACUGACCAAACAAAUUCAUCAUGCCAGGCAGGAACACCAAUAUUACUCACCCAUUCCUCUGCAGGUGAGUGUUUCCAGCUCCAGGAGGGUGAUACUCUGCUUCCAACAAGUCUGCCAAUGAAGCAUCUGAAAUUAAUUCAUCUCUUUAGAGGGUUCCUUGAAAGUUUGCUCUUCUCCACUGCAUGGAAACAUAUAACUGGGGAGGGGUUGGAAAUGAAGGAAAAGCAAUGUGCAUAAGCCACCAGGAAACAGAGAUGUGCCAAAGGCUUUGGCAGGAGGUGUUUUAUGUGGGACUGAAACAACAAGAGAAACGAGAGCAGGACGUGGCUGUGAGUUCACUCUGCCAAUGUAAAUAUGCAGGAAGAUGUUUCUGGCUCAGGCUGCUGUGGCUGUCUCUUGCAGAUAUGGAAAUAUUUCAGUCAGUGGCCACAGCUGCUGCUCUCAUUUCCUGAACGUUGAAGGUAAGGCUGGAUGUGCACAAUGGCUCUGUCCUGCAUAGCUGUGGUAUCAGAGCGGCUGCCAGUCUCACACUGUACCUCCACUAUGUCCUGGUGCAAGAUGAAGCCCUGGGAAGGUGUAAUCCUUUUUAAAAAGAAAUAAAUCUAUCUGUUUUGAAACUGUCA